CUAUCACCAACAGCUGCAUGUGCUGUGAGAGGCUGCUGGAGUGAGGGGUCUCUGGCUGUAGGAUAUGCCUGAGCCUGCUCCUUUCUGCAAAUUGGGGGGUUUGCCCCAGGCUUCUGACCCUCUAGGACUGUAUCACCAGCAUCCAGCUCCACAGUUCCUAACCUACCCAAGUACCCCUCUCUUUUCAUCUCACCCUCCCCUGGUCUCUUUUGUGCAGCAGUGCCUGACUGCACAGGGUGCUCUUAAUGGGUGUCAACUGUGGACAGCUACUGAAAGACUGGGGUGCAAGACAAGACGCCUGAUGUAUGGGGCCUGUGCCUGUGCACAGUGUCUUGCUAUGGUGAAGCUGACUUCUCCAUCUCCUUUCAGUAAAGGAAGAGGGGUGUGGCUGACAGCUGGGACUUUGUUCCCAGCAAUACUCACCCAGCCCCAGCUUGGUUUCUUGUCAUGGGCUGGAGUACCAGAGCCCACACUCAGCUACAGGACCUGGCCCUCACUGGCCAGAGGUAUCACCACGUCCAAUGCCUCUGGAGAUGGGCAGGCAGUCCUGGCAGAGCCACUGAGGAACUAGUCGUGUGGUUUCCAGAGGAGAUUCUUUCCUGGAGAGUGCAGCUGUAGCUCACAGAAGGAACGUCCUGGAGUUGCCAGCCCGGGCUUAAUGAGAGGCCUUGCUGCCUAUGGCAGGUGAAGUAGGGAGGAGAGACUGCAUUUCAGUUGGCACCGCUUGAUCUCAAAGCUGUAUUCCGGGUGAAAGCCACCCCGCCUCUGGAUUUGAGCGGUUUGAGCUGGGUAUUCUGGGGCAGCUCGGAGUGUCUAAGCCUGCUCCGGUGGGCUUCCCCAUCAUCUUCACCUGGGGCCUGUGCCAGCCCUGCUCAAAGUGGGGGGUAAGUGCAGCGACAGAUGAGUCCUGCGGCUGCUCCGGAUGAUGUAGGAAUCGAGCGCCUAUGACCAGCAUGGGCAACGAUUGCCCAGAUGAAGGGUCAUUAAGUCCAGAGACGUUCACAAACGCACAACCCCCCUUCGCUGGCUCUCUGCUGUUUGUAGGGCUCUAUCAAGCCUCUUCCCACGCAGCGCCCCGGGUCUGAACCUUGAGGGACUUCGGCCUUUCCGCGCGCUGCCGGGCUCUGGAGGAACACAGAACCCUUGGCCCAUUUCUCUUCCCUGCGGGCUGACAUGUGAAGGCAAGAGCUUGUGGGAGUUAAUGCGCAUCUCCAAGCUCAGAGUUGCGGAGCAAUUAGCCAGAGCGUCGUCCCACACACAGCUCUGACCACCUUUCAGGGCCAGGCCAGAGGAGCCCUACCCCGCGCUGGGGAAUAGCAGGUGAAAGGGCGCUUCGCCCUCCGCAAAAUUCUGCUACACGAGCUCCCGCCACCCGCUGGUUGCAGGCGCACUUCCGGGUCGGACCUGGGCGCUGAGCUUGCUGGGUUCCAGCGUCAGCGUCGAGCGCAUCGGUGAUGGGCAGGUGGCAAAGCCAAUAGCGGCAAGAUGACGGGGACCGCCCACAGGUGGCCAUGGCUACCGGGCAGGUGCUGUUCCAGCGGUUCUUUUAUACUAAGUCCUUUGUGAAGCAUUCUAUGGAGCAUGUGUCAAUGGCCUGUGUUCACCUGGCCUCCAAAAUAGAAGAAGCUCCAAGACGAAUAAGAGAUGUUAUCAACGUGUUUCAUCGACUUCGACAGCUCAGAGAGAAAAAGAAACUUGUGCCUUUACUACUGGAUCAAGAUUAUGUUAACCUAAAGAACCAGAUUAUAAAAGCAGAAAGACGAGUUCUCAAAGAGCUGGGUUUCUGCGUCCACGUUAAACAUCCUCACAAGAUAAUCGUUAUGUACCUUCAGGUGUUAGAAUGUGAGCGUAACCAACACCUGGUCCAGACGUCAUGGAAUUACAUGAAUGACAGCCUUCGCACCGAUGUUUUUGUGAGGUUCCAGCCCGAGAGCAUUGCCUGUGCCUGCAUCUAUCUCGCUGCCAGGACACUGGAGAUCCCUCUGCCCAGUCGUCCUCAUUGGUUUCUUUUGUUUGGAGCAACCGAAGAAGAAAUUCAAGAAAUCUGCUUAAAAAUCCUACAGCUUUAUACACGGAAAAAGGUUGAUCUGACUCACCUGGAAGGUGAGGUGGAAAAGAGAAAGCACGCCAUUGAGGAGGCAAAGGCACAAGCUCGGGGCCUGCUCUCUGGAGGAGCACAGGCUGCAGACAGCACAGCAGGGUUCUCACCUGCCCCCAAGCUGGUAGAAUCCCCCAAAGAAGGUAAGGGGAACAAAGCUUCCCCACUCUCUGUGAAGAGUACCAAGAGGAGAAUUGAGGGCAUGAAGAAAACCAAAGCCGAUAGCCCCGUGAAUGGCUUGCCAAAGGGGCGAGAAAGUCGAAGUCGGAGCAGAAGCCGUGAGCAGAGCUACUCGAGAUCCCCAUCACGAUCUGCUUCUCCUAAGAGGAGGAAGAGUGACAGUGGCUCGACAUCUGGUCACUCCAAGUCACAGAGCCGUUCUCGGAGCCGGAGCGAUUCCCCGCCAAGACAGGUGCACCGUAGCGCUCCCUACAAAGGCUCUGAGGUGAAGGGCUCCCGGAAGUCCAAGGACUGCAAGUGUCCCACUCAGAAGCCACACAAGUCUCAAAGCCGGAGCUCAUCCCGUUCUCGAAGCCGGUCACGGGAGCGGGCAGACAAUGCUGGAAAAUACAAGAAGAAAAGUCAUUACUAUAGAGAUCAGCCACGGGAGCGUGCAAGGUCGUAUGAGCGCACAGGCCAUCGCUAUGAGCGGGACCACCCUGGGCACAGCAGGCACCGGAGGACAUUUGGAACGUUGGAGAUUUGUAGGCUGUCAUUCUGCUUAUCGAGGUGCUGUGGCUUCCCUGUCCUCGGCACGUCUGGGCUGCUGGAUUCUUCUCAUGAGGGGCCUGAGCCCUCUGCCUGUCAGGAUGACAGGCUGCUUCCUGGAGGCUGCAGUGGGAGGUUUGGAAAUAAAGCUAUCCUGUAGGGGUUUUA